CAAGAAUCUAUACAUACAGAGAGACUUAUAUGUAAAGAUCCCAACCCUCCACCGUCUCCCUCCUCCUCUCCUAACAUGCACCAUCUCCUCCUCGUCUCCGCCGAAGAGAUGCCCCCUUCCUCCUCCUCCUCCUCCACAUCAAGAUCAACCUGCAAACAUUCCCCGUCGGUGGCGACUCUCGACCUCCUAAUCCUAAUCCUCGUCCUCUUCUCCGGCGCAUUCCUCAUCUCCUCCUACUUCUCCUACCUAAUCCACUCCUUAUCUCUCCUCUCCUCUCAUUUCCCUUCAAUCUCCUUCUCCUCCCUCCUCCCUCUGAUCCUCCUCUUCUCUGACCACGAUUCUGAAGAUGAUGAAGAUGAUGAUGACUCAGGAAUCUCUCUGGCGUCGUUCUUGUUCGUGUUCGCGGUCUUCUUCGCUGCCUCGGUCGUUUUUCUAGACCUGUGUUGCGGUUUGAGAUCGAGGAAGUGUUGUAACCCUAAGUGUAGAGGGUUGAAGAAAGCUAUGGAGUUUGAUUUGCAGUUGCAGACGGAGGAGAGUGUUGAGACGGGGUUGGGGAAGGAGAUUGAUCGGUUGCCGUGGAAAGGAGGGAGUGAAGGGAAUCCUGAUUAUGAGUGUUUGAGAGCUGAGUUGAGGAAGAUGGCUCCGGUUAAUGGUCGGGCUGUUUUGCUUUUCCGGUUAAGGUGUGGUUGUCCCGUUGCUAAGCUUGAAGGGAGAGGACUUAAGAGAAGUCGCCGUCAUAAAAAAUUGCCGGCAAAAUUAGCUGUAAAAGGAUGUGUAGACAAUCGCUGACCUGGAAAUUCUCCAAACUAUACUUACAGAUUAUCACAUCAAAAUGUUGCCGUUGCAGUUUUAUUGUCUUCUCAGAAUACAUUCACUUAGGAUUAGGAGGAAAAUAUAAAGUAUUGAUUUUGUUUUCAUUUCCUAUAGAGUAAAUCCCCCUGACACUAGAAAUGUAUUAUUACUCUUGAACACUUUUUCUGUGAAAACUAUAUGUAUUCUGAAAAAAUUCAAUGUGAAUGAUCA